CCCACAGGCAGGAGGCCCCUGGCCAGCACAUCCUGUCGGCUUGUGUCCUUGUACUGGUGCGUCCCAGGCCAGGCCGGACUGCUGGGACCAGGGCCAUGUAUCGUUACCCCACCGCCCUCCUGGGCCUAGUGCUCUGCCUGGCCCAGACGAUCCACACACAGGAGGGGCCCCUGCCCAGACCCUCCAUCUCGGCUGAGCCAGGCACCGUGAUCCCCCUGGGGAGGCCUGUGACCCUCCAGUGCCGGGGCCCGGUUGGCGUUUACGCAUUCCGCCUGGAGAGGGAGGAUAGACUUGAGUAUAAAGAUAAUUACAAUGUGUUUCGACUUGGUCCAUUUGAGUCCGAGGCCAGAUUCCGCAUCGACUCAGUAAGUGAAGCCAACGCCGGGCUUUAUCGCUGCAUCUAUUAUAAGACCCCUCGAUGGUCUGAGCACAGCGACUACCUGGACCUGGUGGUGAAAGAAACCUCUGGAGACACGGACUCCCCCGUCACAGAGCCCGACUCCUCAGCUGGACCCACGCAGAGGCCGUUGGACAACAGUCACAAUGAUCAUGCACCUGCUUCCCAAGGCCUGAGUGCUGAGCAUCUUUAUAUUCUCACCGGGGUCUCAGUGGUCUUCCUCUUUUGUCUCCUACUUCUGGUCCUCUUUUUCCUCCAUCACCAGAAUCAGAUAAAGCAGGACAAGGCCACAGUCAGUGGACUUCCUGAGAAGGACAGAGAGAUGGACACCUCGGCCCCGGCUGCAGGGGACCCCCAGGAGGUGACGUAUGCGCAGCUGGACCACUGGGCCCUCACACGGAGGACAGCCCAGGCUGUGUCUCCACAGUCCACAAAGCCCAUGGCUGAGUCCUGCACGUAUGCAGCCAUUGCCGGACACUGACCCCAGGCCCACCUGACCUCUACACCUGAGGAUGUAAAGUCACUCUAGGAAAAGGCUGAAGCGGCCAUUUGGAAGGCUUCCUCUUGGACUCAUCAUCAUCUGGAAAGCGAGUCAGGCAGCUGUCCAGGAGACAUGAGCUGGAGACGAGUUUUCUAACCAGCUUCCAGAAGUUUCCUUAACCAGGUGGUUCCUUCUACAAUUGACCAGCUCCUUGGAUAGACUGUGUUGCCAUUGAUUCCAGAGACUCAGAUACAUACACCUGACUACUUCUAGAAACGAAUCUCUAAUCAGCUGGCUGUUUCCAGACACCCAUCUACAAUUGUCUGGCUGUCUCUAGAACUCCAGCUACAGUUGUCUGGCUAUUUCUAGAGACACAGCUACAGUUGUGACUGUUUCUAGAGACCCAGCUGCAGUUGUCUGGCUGCUUCUAGAGACCCAGCUUUAUUCACCUGACUGUUUUCAGAGACCCAACUAUAGUCACCUGGCUAUUUUCAGAAACCCAGCCACAGGUUGUCUCCAGAGACCCUGCUACAAACACCCAGCUGAUCUGAUGAGCAGUGAAGCAGUCCCCCAGCUGGUCCUAGGUGUCUCCUGUGAAUCUCCAAUGACCCCAGAGACUUUGUUGGAAUGAUCUGCUCUCUGACCCUGAAGACCUUCCUAGAAGUGAAGAGCUAACCUUGAGACAGUGCUAUACAUUUACAGCUGAGAGCUAAGCCCGGUUCUCUGGGUCAUACUUUACUCUGUGCAUCAGUAAAUAAUUCUGAAGACAUCACACCUGGUGGCCCCAUGCCUGGUCCUGGGUGCACAGGUCAUCUGGGCCGAGUCUCUGCCUUCACAGUUGUUCAAAGCUGAGUGAGGGAAACAGGACUUACAAAGGACGUGUCAGCGUUUUCAUUUUAAAAUUGAGUGGACAAAGAUAGCAUAUAUUCCGGGUGUACAAUGGGAUAAUUUGAUAUACGUAUACAUUGCACAAUGAUCGCCAUAAUCAAAUUAAUGAGCACAGUUUUCACCACCCAUGCCGUACGCAAGACCUCCUGAACUUGCUCAUCACAGGACUCAGAGUUGGUGUCAGUAUUUUCAGAUGGAGCCUGUGUUUCAGGGAUGAAUGAGGGAGGUGUCUGAGGGACGUGUGGGUGGGUGCAGACAGAGAGCUGACCUCACCUACCCAAAGCUUUACACACACACACAAACAUGUAUACACUCACACGUGCACACAGCAUGCCCACACACUCACGUGUCCCAAGAGAGCCCUGAGUCCACUGCUGGAUGAGGCGUAUCCAAGUCUCCGCCCCACUUGUGUGGUCUCAUGUGGUCUCUCAACUCAGAUUAAAACAGGAAAUUACCCUGUGAGUCACCAGAGGGUGAGAGAAUCUCUGAGUUAAUUUGUGUUUAUCUUUAAAAACAAAACAAAAUGUAACAAAACAAAAGAAAACAAAAUAAAACAGUGCCAAGCCUGAAGUGGAGACUCAAACAGGCACGGCUCCUGGUGGGGCCCUGCCUGGAAAGGACUGCACAGGUAAACAAAUAUCAGAACAUCAUGUUCUACCCUCUAAAACAGACUGCUAUGAUCUAUCAAUGAGAAGGAAGAAUAUCCAAAAAUCCCGGAAAACCGGAACCAAAACAAAAACAGAAAAGGCACUUGUAGGCCUU